AUGCCUCCUCAAUGGGUUUUGCCGUCGCGGACGUCGCCGCCUUCACGAGAUCGAGGAAGCUACGAAAGCAGUGGUGAAGCUCGACCGUGCUCGCGGUGUGCUGAAGGUUUACGGCACGGCGCAGGCCAUCAAGGAUGUGGAGCGCCAGCUGGAGUGCAUGACAGGACCUCGGAAGGAAAUCUCUCGAGCUUCAUGGGCAGAGCUCAUGCGCACGAGGACCUCCAAACGUCAGAUAAGUCAGAUACUGCUGAUUGA